ACUAGCUGUCAAUAGACUUUUUUACCAUUUUGUGUGUUAAAAAACGAUUACGAAAAUGAUCAAAUUGAGCCGUGAGGAUGUUAAAUUACGACUUGACUAAAAAAUCUAUUAAUCUGUCAACAAGGCUGCUGGAUCACGGACCACACCUUAUAAGAUUAAAUUACCUUAUAAAUAAAGAUAAACGAGAUAAUUUUUGAUUGAAAUGAAUGAUGAAAUCGCCUAAAAUGCGGUUUUUAUUAUGUUCCUUUUUUUGUUUAUUAAAAUUUACCCAGUGUAGUGAAAUUCCGAAUCAACUUCACGUUCUUUUUAGACAUGGAGAGAAAACGCCGACAAGUACUUUUCCCAACGAUCCGCAUAAAAAUCAUCGGUGGGAAACUGGAAUGGGAUAUCUUACAAAUGCAGGCAAAAAGCAAAUCUAUAGCCUGGGAACAAAUCUGAAGACUCACUAUGGCUCAUUUAUACCUAAGUAUUACUGGCCCACAGAGGUUAAUUUUACCAGCAGCUAUUCUGAAAGAUGUCUUAUGAGUGCAGAACUAUUGGGUGCCGGUCUAUUCCCUCCACAGGACGUGCAGAUAUGGAAUGCUGAUCUUUUAUGGCAACCUAUUCCCAUACAUUAUUUACCGAGGAACAUGGAUAAUUUAAUAGCCAUGAAGAGUAAUUGUACACAGUAUGACAAAGAGUUCUUGGAAGUCCAAAAUUCUACUAAAGUGAGAAACUACAACAAAGAAUACCAAGAACUAUACAGCUACCUUACAGAGCAUACUGGGCAGAUUAUAAAUAGCAUAGGUGAUAUAGAUACUCUUUAUGGCAUACUGGAAAUCUAUCAGUUAACCAAUCUGUCACUCCCUUACUGGGUUAACGAUACUUUGAUGGCGCAGUUGAGUGUCAUAUAUGCACAAAACUUAGCAAUAUAUUCUGAGACUGAGUAUAUGAUGAAAAUGAAAGGAGGAGUCUUCUUAAAAACCAUAUUGGACCUAAUGGAAUCCUCAGUAAAUCAGACUAAAAUUGUUCCAAAAAUUAAUGUAUAUGCUGGACAUGAUAUUACUAUUGUCCAUGUAAUGAGGGCUUUAAAAUUAAUUGACGUUUUUAAACCUGAAUUUGGAUCCUCCCUGAUUUUUGAAUUGCAUGACGAUUCUGUAAUAAAGGUCUUCUAUUGGUCUACAUGGAAUGAAAAAGAACCGAUAGAGCAAAAAUUACCCAAUUGUAAAGAACCUUGUACGAUAGAAAAUUUUAAAAAUGGGUAUGAUUCGGUGCUACCAUCGAAUUGGGCACAGGAAUGUCAACUGUAUGCUACCUAUAAAGAAAAUUAGUAUUCGUAAAAUUUGUAUUUUCAUGUUAAUAGAGGAGUGUUAUGAAAUAAUCA